AUGGCUCCUGUCGGAUUACCUCCAGGCUUCAGAUUUCAUCCAACAGACGAAGAACUAGUAAACUAUUAUCUGAAGAGAAAGAUCUGUGGUCAAGAAAUCGAGCUUGAUAUAAUCCCUGAGGUUGAUCUCUACAAAUGUGAGCCAUGGGACCUCGCAGAGAAGUCGUUUCUACCAAGUAGAGAUCCAGAAUGGUAUUUUUUCGGGCCACGUGACCGGAAGUAUCCAAACGGGUUUAGGACGAACCGAGCAACGAGAGGUGGAUACUGGAAAUCGACCGGGAAAGAUCGGAGAGUGACGAGUCAGAGCAGAGCGAUUGGGAUGAAGAAGACUUUGGUUUACUAUAGAGGAAGAGCUCCUCAAGGUAUACGUACGGAUUGGGUCAUGCAUGAGUAUCGUCUCGAUGACAAAGAUUGUGAUGAUCCCUCUUCGCUCCAGGACUCGUAUGCAUUAUGUCGGGUGUUUAAGAAGAACGGAAUAUGUUCGGAGUUGGAAACAGAACCGCAACUACAAACGGGACAAUGUAGCUUCACGACGGUGUCAAUGGAGAUGAACUCCAAUAAUAUUAAUUAUAACAGUGAUAUUUACGAGGCAAUGUCGCCGGAAGUUGGAGCUUCCUCCGCCUGCGUAGAAGACAUCGUCGACGAUAAAGAUGACUCGUGGAUGCAAUUCAUCACAGAUGAUGCGUGGGACUCCUCAUCAAACGCUGCAGCUAUGGGACAUGGUCAAGGGGUUUAUUGA